GCUUGUCCUUCGCCGGCUCACGUUGCAGCCUUUUCCGGUACAGGAAUACAGCGAAUCAGCCAGUGCGGUUUGUGUGAAGGUCGUGCGUCUAAAACUUGGUCAUCAUGUCUCUGCCCAAGCCUGUGAUGAGGGGGCUGUUGGGGAAGCGUUUGAGGUUUCACCUGCCCAUCGCCUUCUCUCUGUCUCUGGCCGCUGCGAUUGCUUUCAAGUAUACAGUGACGGAGCCCAGGAAACAGGCCUAUGCUGAUUUCUACAAGCAGUAUGAUGCCACCAAAGAGUUUAACGCCAUGAGGGAAGCGGGCAUCUUUGAAAGCGUACGGCCCUCUGGAGAGUAAACCAGCUCCCAGUUCCUGUUGUUCAUUCCUUGUAAGAAGAAAGUCCCCUUUGCUGUUAUUUACUGAUCAGAUGAGAACAUUGCCAUGUUAUGUUCAACUAAAUAAACUAUUCUAUUAAUGUA